AUGGCAUAUAAAGCAAGACGUUCUGGGAGGACGGCGGCUCCUGUGAAUCAACAAAACUAUUACUCUACUCACGGAUACGAUCAGAGUUACGCAACUCAAGACUACAAUCAGACAUAUGACUACAGCUACGGCUACGGCUACGACUACAAUACAAUGGCGGCCGCGGGAACCUCUCCUACGCUGAACAUUUUGAUUCGGCCAGCAGAAACCGUGGGAAAGAAUAAAACCUUUUCCCCCCCUCUCGUUUUGGAAGUGGUCAAUCCUGUCGAGGGCAAGGAGUAUUCCAUCAUGGUCCUGGCCCAUGACGCGGCGGGGAAUUACCACAACCCAAUGAACAAGAGCCAAUACUUUAGCAAAGGCACCAUCAUGAAGACUGCAAACUGGACAACCGUGGACGCGCAGGGUACGACAAAGAUGUUGGCAGGCUUUGAAGAUCUCAGCCUAGAGGUCGCCGGCACCUAUGACCUCACGGCCACGAUCCAAGAAUUCGGUCCGGAUGGAGCUACGGGUGGUGAGAGCACCAAAUUUCGCAUCAAGGUGCGCAACGAAGCAGUAGGACAGGUCCCUCGACAGGCUCCAAAUGAAACGCAAAGAGUAAUACUCGACCAGCUAGGCGUGCCUUAUUAG